AGCAGCUUUAAGUUUCUGCAAAUUGGUUUGACUGUUGAGUUCUCUCAAAGAGUCUGGAGGUGAGAAGAUCUGAGUUUGUGCACGUUUAGUUUAAUGGACAAAAGGACUGUGGUCGAACAUUGUGCAAAAAGUUACGUGCAUGCUUUUAGAGUUUUUGGUGAAGUACAGUAUCCUCAAGCCUCCAGGUCACCAACCAGAUGUGCAACUUUUAGCAACUUGCAUGCUUGAGGAGACCGACUUCUCUCAUAAAACAAUUGUAAUAAAUUAGUAAAAUCACAUUUUUCUUUCCUUCGGGAUGUCUUCCACGGCUCUCCUCCUCGCAGCACUCGGCUUUUUUGCGCAUCUGGACACUUUUACGCACGGGUGCCAGCUCCCUUCCGAGUGGCGGCCGCUGAGCGAGGGCUGCCGGGCGGAGCUGGCGGAGAUCAUCGUGUACGCCCGCGUCCUGGCGAUCCACCGGGAGCCCCUGGGCGGCGGGGCGGGCAGCCUGUACAACUCGCUGCCCUUCGGGUUCGGGUAUGGGUACGAGGGCGCGGAGGAAGGGCUGCUUUACUGCGCGGAGGUGGAGUUGCUGUGCGAUCAGGCCUGGGGCAGCAUGCUGGAGGUGCCCUCUGGAUCAAGGCUCAACCUGACCGGACUGGGGUACCUGUCCUGCCAGUCCCACACCGUGAUGGAGAACUACUCCUACUUCUUCUUCCUCAGGAUGGAUGAGAACUACAACAUCCUCCCCCAUGGCGUCAACUUCCAGGACGCCAUCUUCGCCGACACGUCCGACAACAGGCGCAUGUUCUCCAGCCUCUUCCAGUUCUCCAACUGCACCCAAGGGAGUCAGCCUUUCCACACAUUCAGCCCAGAGUGGGAAACACAGGAGGACAGCAGGGUAGGGCACCAUGCUGUUGUACAAUAGUAUCUUGCAACUGCCCCCCCCCCCCCCCCUAAAACCAAGAUUGAG